GUACAGUUACUUAGCGACGUGUUUGUUUUCGCGCAUUGCGUCCUUCGUUCCUUGCAGCUUCAGCUUCUUCUAUCCACAUCAACAUUUUCUCGCAAGUGUCUAUCUGGGACUUGAAGAUUGCAACAACUAUUCCAUUGGAAAACCAACUGUCUCAUCAUCUCCAUGCAUCACGCAACCAUGUCGUCCAUCCAGAAUGGUCUUCCAAAGGAAGCUCCUACGUCAGAAGAAGCUCUGGCUCAACUGGACUCGAAAAUUAAAGACACGCGCACCAAACUCGACUCGCUGAAGCUACAGCUCCUCAAUGAGCAAAAGAAGCUCGACAAGUUCCUGCACGAGCGUGACUUUCUCAAAUCUGCCAUGAAAAGCACCUCUCUCAACACCCCAGAGCAGCUCGCCAGCACUCAGUACACCGACGGUGCCCCUUACGACCGCCCCCUUCCUCUCCGUCGUAUGACCUCUGGGCCGUUCAUCAUCACGGAUUCACCGCGCUCUCCCCCACCCACGACAAAUCUCUCCCCUCCGCCGCUCAAGAACCGUCUGUACGCUGGUCACACACCCAUCGCGCCCGUUGGCCUGUCGCCCUCCGCAUCUGCCUUUGCCACGCCUCUCGCGGCGCCAAAGCAGCCUCUUGCCGAACGUUCUACUUCGUACGACGCCUCGCACCGUCUCGCCGAGAUCACACAUGAGUCCGACCCUGGCCCUCUUCCGCAUGUCGACGGUGACCCGCAUAUCGAGGGCCCGCUCACUGCCUCAGACCCUGACUUCCUAGGCCUGGUGACGGAGAGACUGGUGCGUGUCAAGACUGAAGAGGAGAAUGAGAUGCACUCGCAGCACAAUGGUCCCGCGAACGAUUUUGGACUCGAGAUAGCCGCGCUACGCAGGGGAAGCAACGAGCGAGAGAAUGUGGAUCGGGAUGAGUUUCAAGAGCCGGAAGAUGACGAGCUCAGUCCGUUGGGCGAGCGGGUGCCGGUGAUGGAGAUGAUGGAGGGCGUCAAGCUAAAGGCGAAGAGGAGCACGAAUUUCGGGGUGCCUCUGGGGCAGUUGAGAUAAAGUAUCAAACUUGCGGGAGAUGGGAAGUCGGUGGAUCAGCGCUAUGCAUGCGCUUGCUUCCAUCUGCAUAACGAUCGGACAUUGCCGAUAGAACUGCACAUGCUAUCAGGAAAGGGAGAAGUCAUGAGCAAGAAGACCGCGUCAGUGACAAAAUAUAUUAGCUACAAAGCCAACAGUCUCAAUCACAACUCAAUCAACCAUUCACGACCACAUCCAAUCAUCCCUACGACGUCUACAGAUUUAAACUCCAAAGAGCACGAGUAACAUGGGUAGAUACGUGAUAUAUUUCUCAAUUCAAAACUUAUGACACGAAAGUGUUGUAAGUAUUCAUGAUGAUAAUCAUAGUAAUAGUAGUAAUAACAAAUCCGG